AUGGCAGCUCAAGAAUUCGCUAAUCAGAUGGAUGAAUUAAUAGUAAGACCUAGGGAAGAAAUUGAAGGAAACGACACGAUCAUAGAUGAACGAGAACCAAUUAGAGGUCGAACGAGGUCAGGAAUGGUGAGACAAAGUGAUAGAACAACAAACAAUGAUAUCGAAGAGAUAAAAAGACAAGAAGUUAAGAAGAAAACAGUAAGUAAGAAGAAAUCAGGGAAAGGAAAAGAAGUAAGAAUAGAAGAUGAGGAAGAGGUAGAUAUUGUACUCGAACAAGGAGAUGAAGAUGGACCUCAAAGAGAAGAAGAUGAUCAUGUAGAAGCACAUCAAGAGGAAAGUACCGUAGGGGUAUUGACAGGUAGAGUGGAUUCACAACAUAAAGACAACCUUCAUGAGAUCAAACAUAGUUAUAUCGAUAAUCCGUUUGUUAUAGGAGGUCCAAUGCAGAAUAUCAGCCCAUUCGAUGGAUCCUAUAAUCCUAAUUGGGAUACCCCAGGAGUGACGAUCGAUAAUCAUGCGGAAAUGUUGACAGGAAGAGGAGUUGCAGUAUGGGGAAACCAACAGAAUGGAAACCAAGGUGAUACUCAAGCAAGCUCUAGUCGCGGGAAAGUAUCAAAACCAUACAGAGGUCAACAUUUUAAUCCUUAUCAUAGCAAAAGUUAUCAAGGAAAUAAUCAAAAUUGGGGAAAUGCUUACCCUUAUAAUCAAAAUCAAAAUAACCAAUUUUACCAACACAACGGUAAUAAUCAACAGUAUAAUAGGGGUAGGGGAAGAGGCGGAGCGAUGAGCGUGGGAAGAGGAAGACCAGCGAUAGGACAAGGGAGUUUUAAUAAAUCGAUGGCGAGACCAGGUCAAACGAGUAAUAGUAAUGGAGUUGGGGGUUCUGCAACAAAUGUUACUAAUAAUCAGUGA